GGCCGUACCGUAUGCUUGAGCGACCUGUGAAAAUAAUUAAUGCAGGCAGCAUAGCGCAUGCAGUUGUCCAGCGCCAGCGCAUGUUUCUCAUUCUGUCAGAUUUGUUGGUCCUUGUCGGUGGAUAACACUGGACUAGACAUACCCGGCUGGUAGUAACAAAUCUACAUUUUAUUCGCGAUCUAUGAUUUAUUAAUUUGUUAGAGAACUUAAUUACGAAAAGCCAAGACUGAAAGUGGAACCCACUCUCGGUGCAGUUUCUGAAGUUACACUACCCAGUCACAUCUCGAGUUUCUUCACCCUACUUAUUUCCGCACGGCCUGAUACGCAAGUUAUACGGGGGUUUCGUCGGGGAAGGUGGAUCGUAAAGCCAUUUCAGACAGCCGGGCCUCGCAAAGAUGGCGACAGCAGAAUUCGUGACGGGCCCAGGAACACAGUCUACUUCGCAUUCAUUAGUUCCAUCUAUCCACACAAUUGUUGGACAUCCUAUCAUCGAUAUUAACGGUUUGAACGGAGACACUUGUGACUCUAGGAAAAGACCACUGGAAUCAGAAUCAGAAGGAGGCAUGGCAACAAAAAGAACAAAUCUUGGCCCGGGCCCAGUCGAUGACAACAAAUACAUGUUGAAGAUGUUGAUCCCAAGCACGGCAGCUGGCUCCAUAAUCGGCAAAGGUGGCCAAACCAUUGCUCAACUACAAAAAGACACAGGAACCAACGUCAAACUCUCAAAGGCAAAUGACUUCUAUCCAGAAGGCAAUCAAGGGAGAGUGUCAUUCAUCAAUACAGAAAUAGCAGGGAUCAAACAUGGAGAGUUGAAAGAAGGAAGAGGAGAGAGAAGGGAGAAAGGGAGAUAUAAAAAGAGAAGAAAAUGAGGAGGAAGAGAGAAUAGAAAGGGGAAACGGGGUUGCAGCUCGAUGAAUAUAUAAGGCUUGAUGUUUGUAGUGGAAAAGAAAGACAUUGCCCACAAUACGUAUAUAUUUUGCACAAAAUGAUUUGAUAGGAAAGUGCAGGCUGACAAAGCAGGGGAAACGCAAUCAAUAAUUAAAGUGUAAAUUAUUAAUAUUCUAUUAUUACUGACUUCAAUGCCACUGAUGGUACAGAAUAUAAAUAUUCCAUGAAGAAACGUUGUAAAUGAGUGCUGAUGGAAUAAGUCAUGGGUAAUGCCCAUUCCCCCUUUCGUAUUUGCCAAGUGAUAUAUCUUUUCCAUUUGGCAAUAUCAGAUAUAUUGAAAUUUGAAUUCCGUUGAGAUAAUGCAUAUUUUUGUUAAAUACAAGAGAUUUAUUUAAUAGAUGAAGAAGAGAUGGGAGUUCUUGUACUUGUACUUUACAGUGAAAUAUGUAUAUUCAUUUAUAGUGAAAUGUAAUUUAGUGCCAGUAUGUUAGCAUACUCCUUGAAUUACCUUUAGUCCUGCAUAUCAUAUUUAUCUGAUAUGGGUAUUUUUUUUCUGAGUGCAUGAGUUACUACUAGUAACCAACUGAUUAUUUUGAUCUUGUCUCAUUGCAUGAAUAAAAGGGGUGGUUGGAUGAUUUUUGGUUCCCGUUGAUGCAUUAUACAGUGUGCUGGCUGCUGCAAUUCAUUUCCUUUAGAGCGAUGGAAGAUUCAUUUGAUGAUGGGGCCCAUUAUUUAGCACCUGUAUAUCAAUAUUAUCUGCGUCAAAUACUUUUCUCCGGUUUGAUCAUUAUUAACCUGAACAGCUUCUUCAUCGAUUUUGCUAUAUAAUGUAAGCUUAGCUUAAAC